UGUAAGUAUUGGAGACGUUGCCUGUAAUUCGCAAGUGAUCUGAGGUCUACCGACCAAAUUCCUAUAUAUAUAUAUAUAUAAUAUAUAUAUAUAUAUAUAUAUAUAUAUAUAUAUAUAUAUAUAUAUAUAUAAUAUAUUAUUAUUUUACCAAUGCAAUUAUGCCAGUGAAGGAAAAGCAACCGGGUCUUGGGAAAAUUAUUAAUCUGUUAAACAACUUUGUCCUAAUGUCUAUUGUUGUCUCCUGGGAUGGUGUAAUGGCACAGAGCGUUCCAGGCCUGGUUAAGUUUUCACUGGGUCGGUUUCAGAACUUGUCCGUGACACGGAAUUUUCCUGUGUUAACCAGAAUCCCAGGAGACAUCACCCACAUCAUCUUCCAGUUUCACAGUCAGUACCGCAAUGUAACCGUCUCCUAUGAUCAGGCCCCUACUCCCAACACAUCCCUGACAGCCCACGAUGCAGGACUGGUUUCCACUCUUCGUCUUCAGCAGAGCUCAUUGCAGUGGUACAUGGAGUCUCCUGAAGGCAAACCUGUUUCAGGCAUGGCAGUCAUUCUGCCCUACAAAGCGAGAGAUCCAGUUCCUGGAAGCUGUAACCUGGAGUAUAACCUUGAUAUAGAGCCCAAUAUUUAUCUGCACUAUAAUCUGUUUGAAACAGUCAUUCGGUUUGCACCAGCAAAUAUAGGAUAUGCGAGGGGACAGCCUGCCCCAUCCUGCGCCGUCAGCAGUGGGCAGUCGUCCAGAAGGCGACUCAAGUAUGAUAUCUAUCAAUACUUCCUUCCUGAGAACAACCUCUCUGAACAGAUCUUCAUAGGACACAUUCAGAAAAUGGCAGACAUACACGAGGUGGCAGCCAAUGGGAAAAAACUGAUGACCUUGAGUUCAGAUGACCAGCCCAUGGUGUCCUUCAGCUCUCUUCCUGGUCAGGGUGUGAUCUAUUCCAUCAUAGUGAGGGAUCCUCUGUUUAAUACCUCUGCCUCUUAUGUGCCUGUUCACACCUAUGCCUGCAGCUUUACCUCCACGCUGGAUAACUGCUACACUCUAGGAAAGAUUUCUACAAAGGUUUUCUUUACCAUAGCUGGAAUGGCUGGCCUUUUCAUUUGCUUCUUUGGGCACAGGUUCUUCAAAUCUGAACUCUUUUGUAUGGGUUUUAUCUUCACUGCAUUCCUGUUCUUCAUGCUUAUCACAGAAACAACCCGCCUAAGCUAUGACAUGAGGCUCUCCCUGACUGCAUUGAUGGGGGUGGUGGGUGGAGUGCUGUUGGUGCUCUGCUGGUGGAGACUCGGCUCUCCUUUCCUUUCCAUUUUGAUAGUUGGCCUUAUACUGGGGUUCCUCUUUUCUUCCAUCAUCUUCUUCACCCCAAUAGGAGAUUUUGAAGUCUUCCGCAGUGAUGUGGUUUUCUGGUUGACCUUCACUGGCAUUGCUGUAGUCGUCCCUUUAAUAUGUGUCAGGUUCCCUAGAGAGGGAAACAUAACAGCAUGUGGAGUUGUUGGAGGAUAUACAGUGAUUUUAGCUGUGGGUAGUUACACUUACACCAGCCUUACCUACAUAACAUUAGACAUCCUGAAGCGAGCUCUGAACAACAACUUCAGCAAAGCCUUCACAAACGUCCCUUUUCAAAGAAUUGAUUUCAUUAUGUGUACUGUGUGGGCUGUCCUGACUGUCAGCGGAAUGGUCCUGCAGCUCUAUAGAGAGAGGACCAGGCCAGUCUUUCCUCCGAGCCCCUACAUGAUGUGGAAACAAGAGAGGGAGCGUCGGAAAACCAACAUCCUGGACCCCAGUUACCAUGUCCCUCCACUGCGAAUGCGCUUGAAAAGCAGAGUGGAGGAGAUGUUUCGAAGGGAAGAGCCUGCUGGAGAGAGAACACCGCUGCUUUUAUGACAUGUUCUGAUGACAUAUUAGUGAACAUAAAAAAAAAAAACUGCAAUGAAUAGAGGAUUCCACAAGGUGGUGCUUUCAACUCUUCUUGUGACUUGCUGGGAAGACAGUUGAACACAGCUGCCCCUGCCUGUUUCCCAUCUUCCUGGUUUCUAUGGUUACCUGCAGGUAGAAAAUGGGGUAGUGGAAUUUAAACUUAAAACAUGAUCCAGAUGAUCAAACCAACCACACCAGCUACUUAAAAAAAGCCUACUGUAUUCUUAGUCCAAAAACACAACAAAAUCAAGCAGAAGAGGGAGUGAAUAUUUCUAUGGGGCAGGUGGAAUAGGUGGGUGCUAGUACCAACGUUGCUAGAUGAGGAAUGAUAGAAUCCAGCCAUUAAACAUGGGCCACUUGUAUUUGAGUGCAAGGAAAUGAGCGCUUUUGAAUCUUCAGUAGUGUCACACACUGGAGAGAGUAGCUGUUGGAAGUAUUUUAGAUCACAUGUCUACUCAAUCCCAUGGCUAGAGCCAGGACGCUUGUUAAAGCCAGGCUAUUAUGGCUGCAGAUAAAAUCUGUGUUGUGCAGGGUCCUAAAAUGAAUCCCAGUAUAUUCAAAAUUAAUUAAAUAACCAGAAAACCCCCAUGUGUUUUAUAGUUAAGCCCAAGUAGCUCAUAGUAUCCAUUUGUAUUGUAAUGCUUUACAUUGUACCUCCAAGUAUGUUCUUAUGAAAAACCUAGCACAACUGUUUAGUAAAUAUAUCACUUAAUAGCAAAUAAUUAGACAUUUAUAUACAUUGUUUGUAAAAUUUGUAUCAAGUUAAGGUCUAAAACUGCAUAUCAUUACUUAACAUUAUCAAGUAUUUAAAAUAAUGUGCCUUUUACAAAAAAAAAAGUGCAUUUUAUUAUUUUCAAAGUAGUGUGUUCGUGACACGGGUUCCAAAAUGAUACUUGUAAUUCUGUCAUGCACUGACGUUGACAUUUCUUUUACUCUUGUCUAAAAUUGAUUUUGUUUUUACAGUGAAGUUUUUACAGUUUUACAGUGAAAAAUAUAGAAAUAACCACACAUUCAAGUUCACAUAAGUUAAGACACUAUAAAGUGCUGCGUAACUUUUUAUGCUGCUAGUUUUUCACAGUGGUUUGAAGACACUUUAACUUGUAUCCUUGACUGUCUAGGUCUUUUGUUAAGGUGGCAGUAGUAAUCUUUUUAAAUAAACAGCAACAAACGUAUCAACUUAUUGGUUCCCUGGGCUACUGCUUUGGGGAUUAUUCCUGUUGCAGACAGAAAUACCUGAAUGACAAUUGCAGUAUGAACACAUGCACUAAUCUUUAAGCAAGAUAUUUACUCAUCCUUGUUACUUAUUACAGAGAAAUUAAACUGGCAUGUAAGGUUAACAAUGCAGAGAUUGUGGAAUGGAAAAUUGUGAGUAAAUCUCUUGGAACAGUUUAUAGCAUGUGUUUUGUCAAAGCAUUUUGUAUAUUAAAAGUUGACAUAAAAUUCUGAACAGAUUCAGUCACAGUGUGUCAUUGUUAAUGCCAUUAACUAUUUUCUACACCAGGAACGUUACUGGUGUAAAAAGAUUUGUGUGCACUGUUUAAAGAAUAAAUGAGAAGUGUGCCAAUUGUAGACUCAAGCCACUUUUGUGAUACCUAAUGAGUAAGUUGCUCAAAUAAGUUUACUUUUCUAUUUUUGUCUUGUUUUGUUUUUUACUACCCCCUGCCUUUUUAUGAAGGGGGGGGGGUGUUAUUUAACAACGAAAAGCCUACUGUGGGGUGGCAAAUUUAACAAAAGAACUGAAAAGUACUUUCUUACUGGUGUUUUGCAGUUUUACUAACAUGUAUGCAUAUGAACUGGUAAAAAUAUUAAAUGCUAAAAUAAAAGCAGCUGUCUCAGUUCUUUCAUGGAGGAUUGGGUAUAUUCAAAUAGAUCUGAAGCUCAGCAGAUUUCAAUGCAGUGUUUUAUUUAAUUAUGUCAGCAGUGGUGAUAUUUAAAUAAAACCACUGAUACAGAAACCUGGAAUUUAGUAAGGAGGACUAAAUAGUGGCAAGUGGGUCCUUGGCAUUGCAUAAAUAAAAUAUUUUCCUUGUAUUCAUAUUUCUUCAUAUGGUGACCAAUCUGCUUCCUGCUAAACCCAAAAGGUGACAAAUGCCGGGGCCAGUCAAUAACUAUUCAUAUAACAGAACACUGCACUAGCCUGCAUUUUUAUAGAAAGAGGAGAAACAGACUUGAUGGUCUUUCAAUUAAUAUACAGCAUGAGUUGUCUUCCUCGUGCAAGUUCAGAUGUUAUAAUUACAUUUAGAAAUUGACUUAAAUCUGGAAAAAAAACAUUCAUUUCUUAAUGGGUUUUCAUGAACAAAAUGUUUGUUUAUAAAUAUCAAAUAAUUGAAAAAAAUUGUACCAUGCAAUACAUAAAGAAAUGUGUUUGUUUUGGGCUUAUAGGGUUUACCAGCCGUGAAUCCGCCAUCUGAGUGAUCUUUAACUACAGCACUUACAUGGACAAAGCAACAGGCAACACAGCAGGUUUUAAAUGUGGUCACGUGUGAUGCUCAAAAUUAAACUAUGAAAAGACGAAGAUUGAAGAGCAUUAUUAAAUACAGCUGCAUCUUACCAGUGAGAAACAUCUGUAAAUGUAUCCUUCUAAUUGUUAUGUUUUCAAUUUUAAAUGU